AUGGCUCUAGUACCCCCGGACAAUAUGGCCGAUCGCCGCGCAGAAGACCGGCUCGGAGAAGCUGCCCUCGAAGCCGACACGUCGUACCGUGUCGAAGAUGCCGGCGUCAUUGACCCGGACAGUACAGAGGGGGAGGAGGUGCGCGCAACUGAGAAGCUGCCUGAGGAGGGCCUGGACGGCCACCGGCCAGCGCUCUUCCGGGCGCGGUCCACACGAAGCCGGCGCGGAACAGCUGAGUCUAGCGGCGAUCGCGGGCUAGGACGGUCGGUAUCGCGUGCCCAGACGGUGUUGUCACGCAUGCGUUCGCGCCCGGUGCCGGUGUUCACACACCCGCUUGCCCGCGUGCAGACGGGUCCGGACGUGCUCGUCGACUUUGACGGUCCUGAUGACCCAUAUCGACCCAUCAACUGGCCGACGCACAAGAAGGUCGCCACCACACUGCUCUACGGCCUCGUCACCAUGACGGCCACUUGGGCCUCGUCGGCGUAUUCGGCUGGCACGCGUCAGGUCAUGGCUGACUUCCACGUCGGCUCCGAGGUCGCCAUUCUCGGCACUACGCUCUAUCUGCUCGGCUUCGGCCUCGGGCCGCUGCUAUGGGCACCGCUCAGCGAGGUCUACGGUCGACGAAUCGCCGUUCUGACGCCCAUGUUCGUCGCCGUGUGCUUUAGCUUCGGCAGCGCCACCGCCAAGGACUUUCAGACGCUGAUGCUGACCCGCUUCUUCUGUGCCUUCUUCGCCUCGGCUCCCGUCACCAACACCGGUGGCGUCCUCGGUGACCUCUUCUCGCCCGCCUGGCGCGGUAUUGCCAUGGCUGGCUACGCUAUGGCUGUCGUCGGUGGGCCUGUGCUCGGCCCCAUCGUGUCUGCCGCCGUGGCCAUGCAGCCGGGCUUGGGCUGGCGCUGGACCGAGUACCUCAGCGGUAUCCUACAAGCCUCUGUCCUCAUCGUCGCUGUCUGCCUCGUCGAGGAGUCCUAUGGCCCCGUCCUGCUCGUCUACAAGGCUCAGCGGCUGCGCCACGAGACCGGCAACUGGGCCCUGCACACGCGCUUCGAGGAAUGGGACGUCAGCAUCGUCGAGCUGGCUCGCAAGUUUCUCGUGCGGCCCAUCCAGCUCUUCUGCACCCCCAUCUGCUUCCUCGUCUCGCUGUAUGCCAGCUUCUGCUACGGCAUCCUCUACAUGCAGCUCGGCGCUAUCCCCAUCAUCUUUGGCGAGCUCCGUGGCUGGAACCAGCUCGUGGCUGAGCUGCCCUUCCUGUCCAUCUUCCUCGGCGCCAUCCUCGGCUGCACCGCCAACGUCUACAACCAAACCAUCUACAACAAGGCCUACCAUGCCGUCGGCAACCGCGCCGUGCCCGAGAUGCGUCUCCCCCCCAUGAUGUUCGGCUCCGUCCUCUUCAGCGCCGGCCAGUUCCUCACCGGCUGGACCGGCGCCCGCACUCAUAUCCACUGGAUCGUUCCCUGCAUCGGCCUCGUCAUGAUGGGCUGCGGCUUCUUCACCAUCUUCCAGGCUGCCCUCAACUAUUUGGUCGACACCUUCCAGGCCUACGCUGCCUCGGCUAUUGCUGCCACCACUUUUAUGCGCUCGUGCUUUGCCGCCGCUUUUCCCCUAGUUGUUUCGCCCCUCUACCACAACAUUGGCGUCGGCCCUGGCGCCAGUAUUACCGGUGGCUUUGCUGCCCUGCUUAUCCCUGUGCCCUUCAUCUUUUUCGUCUACGGGAAACGCAUCCGUGCCUCGUCGAAAUGGUCGAAAGCCUCCGUGUUCGAUUGA